UGGAAACACAGGCAUUCGUGUUUGACAGUUUGACAGCUACGCAGCAAUUAUUCAGUUGCAGUGAUAAUAUUGUCCGUUUUUUAUUCGAUUUACUCGUAAACGUAACCUCAGAUAAGCGUGCGUGUUUGGUGUAUUGGACAAUUAGUUGUGAUUAGUGUGUGGUAAGGCGGGAAGCGCGCGAUGUCCGCGGCGGCACUCGGUCGGUGAAAGUGCAUGUUGUGACCGUGAGUGAUCGGCAGCGAGCGGAUGACGAUGGGCGUGGGCCUGCAGCCGCUCGAGUUCACCGAGUGCCUCGCGGACAGCCCACAGUUCCGCGAGAACCUGCAGCGGCACGAGAAGGAGCUCGAGCGCACCAGUCAACAGAUCAAGCGGCUCAUCAAGGAAGUCAAGGAUGUGGUGCAGGCGGCCACACGCCUGGGCAACGCUCAGAAGGCGCUGGCGUCGAGCAUGGAACAGUUCGAGUUCGCGUGCAUCGGGGCCUCGAUGACGGAGGACGAGCGCAUCAUUAGCCGCUCGCUGCACCACUUCGCGCAGCUCAUACGCACCAUCGAGGACGAGAGGGAGCGGAUGCUGGGCCGUGCGCACGAGCAGAUAAUCCAGCCUUUGGAGAAGUUCCGCAAGGAGCACAUCGGUGCUGUGAAGGAAGGCAAAAAGAAAUUCGACAAGAAGACGGCCAAGUUCUGCCAGACGCAGGAGCGCACGCUGUCGCUGUCCACCAAGAAACAGGAGAAUGUUUUUCAAGAGGCUGACGCGGCGAUGGACAUGGCGGAGCGGGACUUCUGCCAGGCGUCCCUGGAGUACGUGUUCCAACUACAAGCCGUGCAGGAGCGAAAGAAGUUCGAGUUAGUGGAGACCCUGCUGGGGUUCGUGUUCGGCUGGUGGACGUUCCACCACACCGCGCACGACGUCCACGCCGACGCGGAGCCCAGGGUGCGCGACCUGCAGCUCAGGAUACAGAGGACGCGGAGUAACUUCGAGGAGACCAGCAAGCAGACGGAGUCGCUAAUGAAGAAGAUGAUGGAAGUCAGGCAGAUGCACAAAGAAGAGGAGGGCAACGAAGAAGCUCCCGGCGGUGUUUCAAGAGCUGGAUAUCUUUUUCUUAUGGAGAAAAAGGCAUUCGGCACGACGACGUGGAGCAAGCAGUAUUGCACGUACGAGAAGGGCUCGCGGAUGCUCUCCCUCACGCCAUACAACCAGAUCAAUAUUAAAACGGGCGGGUGCGCGGAGUCGGUGUGCGUGUGCGGCGCGCGGCUGUGCGCGGAGGCGGCGGAGCGGCGCUUCUGCUGGGAGGCGGUGCCGGCCGAGCGCGAGCGCGCGCCGCUCACGCUGCAGGCGCUGUGCGAGCGCGACCGCGCCGCCUGGCUGCGCGCCAUCGACUGCCCGCCGCCCGACCGCCGCCAGCCACCCAACAACACGCAUCUGAAAGUGUCGGGUAACGAGGAGGGGGAGUGCGCGUUAGACGAAUCCGGGUUCGCGUUCGUCAAGAAAAUCAUAGCCGUCAUUGAGUCGCGAGGACUUGAGGAACAAGGACUCUACAGGGUGGCGGGCGUCGCAUCAAAAGUGUCCCGUCUGGUGUCGUGUUCGCUGGCGGGUCGGCGGCUACCAGCGUCCCUGUCAGACCCGCUGGAGUGGGAGAGCAAGACGCUGACGUCGGCGCUGAAGAGUUACUUACGCGCGCUGCCCGACCCGUUACUCACGCAUCAUCUGCACGACCGGUUCAUCGAGGUGGCCAAGUGCGAGCGGCGCGGCGAGCGCGCGGCGGGCGUGGCGGCGCUCGUGCGCGCGCUGCCGCCCGCCAACCGCGACAUGCUGCAGCUCGUGCUGCACCACCUGCGCAGGUACGGAGCUGGAGCUUCAACUACAUAUACAUACACAUACACAUACUGAGCCGUUGCUCUACACAGUGGCGGGCGGCGCUCGUGCGCGCGCUGCCGCCCGCCAACCGCGACAUGCUGCAGCUCGUGCUGCACCACCUGCGCAGGUACGGAGCUGGAGCUUCAACUACAUAUACAUACACAUACACAUACUGAGCCGUUGCUCUACACAGUGGCGGGCGGCGCUCGUGCGCGCUGCCGCCCGCCAACCGCGACAUGCUGCAGCUCGUGCUGCACCACCUGCGCAGGUACGGAGCUGGAGCUUCAACUACAUAUACAUACACAUACACAUACUGAGCCGUUGCUCUACACAGUGGCGGGCGGCGCUCGUGCGCGCGCUGCCGCCCGCCAACCGCGACAUGCUGCAGCUCGUGCUGCACCACCUGCGCAGGUACGGAGCUGGAGCUUCAACUACAUAUACAUACACAUACACAUACUGAGCCGUUGCUCUACACAGUGGCGGGCGGCGCUCGUGCGCGCGCUGCCGCCCGCCAACCGCGACAUGCUGCAGCUCGUGCUGCACCACCUGCGCAGGUACGGAGCUGGAGCUUCAACUACAUAUACAUACACAUACACAUACUGAGCCGUUGCUCUACACAGUGGCGGGCGGCGCUCGUGCGCGCGCUGCCGCCCGCCAACCGCGACAUGCUGCAGCUCGUGCUGCACCACCUGCGCAGGUACGGAGCUGGAGCUUCAACUACAUAUACAUACACAUACACAUACACAUACUGAGCCGUUGCUCUACACAGUGGCGGGCGGCGCUCGUGCGCGCGCUGCCGCCCGCCAACCGCGACAUGCUGCAGCUCGUGCUGCACCACCUGCGCAGGUACGGAGCUGGAGCUUCAACUACAUAUACAUACACAUACACAUACACAUACUGAGCCGUUGCUCUACACAGUGGCGGGCGGCGCUCGUGCGCGCGCUGCCGCCCGCCAACCGCGACAUGCUGCAGCUCGUGCUGCACCACCUGCGCAGGUACGGAGCUGGAGCUUCAACUACAUAUACAUACACAUACACAUACUGAGCCGUUGCUCUACACAGUGGCGGGCGGCGCUCGUGCGCGCGCUGCCGCCCGCCAACCGCGACAUGCUGCAGCUCGUGCUGCACCACCUGCGCAGGUACGGAGCUGGAGCUUCAACUACAUAUACAUACACAUACACAUACUGAGCCGUUGCUCUACACAGUGGCGGGCGGCGCUCGUGCGCGCGCUGCCGCCCGCCAACCGCGACAUGCUGCAGCUCGUGCUGCACCACCUGCGCAGGUACGGAGCUGGAGCUUCAACUACAUAUACAUACACAUACACAUACUGAGCCGUUGCUCUACACAGUGGCGGGCGGCGCUCGUGCGCGCGCUGCCGCCCGCCAACCGCGACAUGCUGCAGCUCGUGCUGCACCACCUGCGCAGGUACGGAGCUGGAGCUUCAACUACAUAUACAUACACAUACACAUACUGAGCCGUUGCUCUACACAGUGGCGGGCGGCGCUCGUGCGCGCUGCCGCCCGCCAACCGCGACAUGCUGCAGCUCGUGCUGCACCACCUGCGCAGGUACGGAGCUGGAGCUUCAACUACAUAUACAUACACAUACACAUACUGAGCCGUUGCUCUACACAGUGGCGGGCGGCGCUCGUGCGCGCGCUGCCGCCCGCCAACCGCGACAUGCUGCAGCUCGUGCUGCACCACCUGCGCAGGUACGGAGCUGGAGCUUCAACUACAUAUACAUACACAUACACAUACUGAGCCGUUGUUUCACACAGUG